CAGACAGUCUUUGCGCUUUGGGUACACUCUUGGCUGACGAGAUCAGGCAUUGCUGGGGCACAUGCCACCGGUGGCUGCGAUUUCACUUCCUGAAAGUGGCCUUCCUCCAUCACCCUCCAUCUCAACAAAGCUCGAGGUCUCAGAUAGCAUGAGCUACACCGCUGCAGAGAACCUCAAUCAGGCAUCCAAUUCAGACUCCUCAUCAUCGACUGAAACAAUUUAUCACACGUUUCGGGGGAAGAUAGCCUCGUUUUUGUAUAUGGCUCCCCCAUUGGCGGCUUCUUCCACCGCAGAGGAACGCCUUCCCCUACGCAGCACGACUAGCUCACAAGACAGAAAUAAACGGACUCUGCAAGUGACACCACAAUCAUCUUCUUCAGAAUCCUCCCCCAUCCUGACCUACACCACGAACGCGCCUCCCACGCGCCCGCCCACGCGGCUCCUACCCUCCCUCCCUGAGGCCUACCACUCCGUCCCUGUUCCUCGCGCCCGUCCUGGGGAAGUCUCGUGGCUUUCCCGGUGUCGGACGCUUUUGGCCUACGUGGGCCCGGGAUACAUGGUGGCUGUAGGUUACAUGGAUCCUGGAAACUGGGCGACAGAUAUAGCGGGAGGAGCCAUCUACGACUAUGCUCUCCUCUCCGUCGUCCUCCUCUCCUCCCUCCUGGCUGUCUUCCUCCAGGUGUUGACAGUAAAACUGGGGGUCGCCACCAAACGGGACCUUGCCCAGAUGUGUGCCGAGGCCUACUCCCCCCGCUUUGCGGUCUUCCUCUGGAUUACGGCCGAAAUCGCCAUUGCAGCCUGCGACUUGGCCGAAGUCAUUGGGGUAAUGAAAGGUUUCUUUGUUCCCGACCUCUAUGCCCUCGCGACGCAGGCGCCUCGCCUAUACAUCGCCAUGGGUAUUUUAGGCGCCACAGUCAUGCCUCACAACCUAUACCUCCAUUCGUCGCUGGUACAAACGCGGGACUACGGAGAAAGCGUGGAGGACAAGACUGAGGCCAUAUUCUAUUCAUCCCUGGACACGAUCAUCGCCCUCUCCUUGGCCCUCUUCGUCAACGCGGCCAUCCUUAUCGUCGCAGCUGCCGCUUUUUUUGAUCCCAGUGGUUCCACUCAGGAUGCUCCUUCGGUAUCGGAAGCCUACGAUUUACUGGCACCUGUGCUAGGUUAUACUGUCGUUCCAACUCUCCUUCGCAGUUUUCCCGCUCGUUAUGUUCACUAGCGAUGUCUCCGUCAUGGGUACAGAGUUUGUAAAUUCCCCAUCGACUUCCUUUCUGGCCUGGGUCUCUGCCAUUCUUAUAGCCGCUUUGAACAUAUGGUUGUUGGUCAUGACAGUUGGACAAGGUAGUAUCCCUGCUUAAUUGGCCAACGGCGAGAAAGUGUAUUUGCAGUAAUCUAGUCAUGAUAUUCAUGAUCGUGUGAAGCGAGAACCAGUAGUGGUAGCUGUUCUCUUAAUUAGAGCUCAUUUGGUCUUUCGGUGGCUAUCGACUAAAAGGGCAAAGUAAAAUAGUUUGGAAAUCACUGUUGAACGUGCCAAUGUGCAUUCAAAGGCAUGUUAAGAUACCUCGAAAAUCGAAAGAAAAGAAGCAAGAGGAAAGUUGGGAUCAGGAAGUGACCUGUAUGUGUUUCACAUCCUAUAAAGUAUAUACCCCAAGGAGUCUGCUAGCGCCAGACAUCGAGCACAAAUUAGUUAAGAAACCAUAUAAUGUUAUCUUUUCUCCUCUUAAAGAGUAAGAAAAGUUCCUUGGAAGAGCUGGAGAGGGCCAUAGACUUAAUUAUUGAAGAUAGAGAAGGCAAACAUAGAAUAAUAUUUCAAGACAGCUGGAUCUAGAAUGUGAAAAUUGGAGAAAGUGAGAGUGUUUUUCAGUAGAAAAUGCUUUGAUACAGGGUCAUAAGAAUUCGUUCCUGCAUGAUCCAAAUCAAGCAAUGGUUUUAAUGUUGACGCAUACGCA